AUGGUUGUUUCUCAAAGCCUUUAUUAAAUCCAAAGGUCAGAGCUGGAGGAUAAAAGAUGGACAGGAAUCUGUGGGUUUGUGGCCUCGACUAUUCAACUGCAAAUUCAGCCUCUUUCUGCUCUUUGGGCUCUUUAAGAUACAAAGGCACAUGUAGGGAAAAUAGAUGAUGCACUUCUAUUUUAAUCAAUUUUCUUUGUGUUUUUAUUCUCCAUUACUCUCUCUCGGUUGUGUUAUAUACAGCCCGAUCGGUACAAAUCUCCAGAUUGUGAGGGCCGGAAUAUUCUAUUCUAUCUGAAACAAUAGCCGGCUUGUUCGGUCCAUCUUCUCCUGUGUGUGUAUGGGCUGUAUGUCUGUGUGUGUGUGUGUGUGUGUGUGUGUGUGUGUGUGUGUGUGUGUGUGUGUGUGUGUGUGUGAGAGAGAGAGAGAGAGAGAGAGAGAGAGAGAGCACAUGUACAGCUCAGGCUUAAUUGAAGGCGUGGUGAGGAUUCUCAUUAGUAUGUCAGGCACAUGGUUCCGCUAGGCUAGCUGGCUAGCUGUAUCUAACCAGACAGGUGGAGAGGUCAGGGAUGGAGUGGAGAGACUCGGGUGCUCCAGUUCUCUGCUUCCUUUUUGUCUGCCAGAGCUGGCCUCAUCAUUUCGAUCACUUUGUCUUCUUCUUGCAAGUAUUUUUUUCUUUGUUCAUUUGGGAGCUCAUUUGUGAACCUACUUGAGUGUCUGGCUGAAAUUCACGAUUCAAAUUUGUUGAAAUAUAUACAGUACAUGUAAGUGCAGAGUGUGACUGACUGGUUUGCUGGAUAUACAGCAGGAUACAUAUACGAUAUAUAUCAUUAUCAUGAAACUAUAUAUCCGCUAUGAUUUUGGAUGUUGUUUUUCUUGAUAUGGCAUUCGUGUCAUCUUUUCUUGGUUUUAAAUGCAGCAGUGCAAUAAGUGAUGUCAUUUUCUGACCUUAUUAGAUUGUGCUACCUUUUUUAAUAAUUGCCUUUUCUGACUUAGUCAUUAUAUCCACAUUAGUGGUUCUUAUUUAUCAGAAAUCGCAUCAUGUUAGUAAUUUUGUGAAAAUGCCAAUAGUCAUCAAUGUUCUUGGCCUAUCUUGUCAAAAAAUGUUGUAUGUUUGAUUUUGUCGCCCCAUCCUUGCAAUAAUGAAGUGCUUUUUAGAAGAUUUUUAAAACAUAUCAACGUUUAUACUGUGUAUUGCCAAUAAAUAUUGUGAUAUUAUUUUUAAGGUCUUAUCACCCAGCCCUGGCUGGAGACCUGAAAGUCAGAUUGCUGCUGUGUUCAGCUGUUCUGCAGUGACAAAACAUGAAUAUUUCACAAAGUGUAACCUGCCUGUAGGGCUGCAUAUAGCACUUAAUUUCACAAUGGCCUAGCUAUCUUUUUUUAAGAUUAUUAUUUGAUUUAUCAUUGAAUAUUCAAAAUGUCAUACAAUCUUCCUCAUCAUAAUUCUUUCAGAACCCAAGGUGACAUUGUUAAAUUGUUUUGGCUGACCAGCAAUCCAUGAUGCUGGAACCAGAUUAUGAUUGCCUUUUUGUGUAAUGGUUGACCUUAACAAUUAAUCAGUAAUCAAAAUAAUAAGAUUACAUUUCUGUUGAUCAACUACUCAAUUAAUCAGCUAGUUCUAGAGCUCAAGGCUACUUGUCAGAUUUGUACAUCUACAGAUCAUGUUACUAACCAAGACUGGAGUUUUUAUUAAAACCCAAAAGUGUAACAUAUCAGAUCUAUCAUCCUUAACAUUAUUACAAAUAUUCUCUAAACCCUUUUAGUCAGACGUUAUAGUCACUUGCCAAUGUACCAUCUAAACCAGAGGCACACCAUCUGGAGAGGUAAACCAUUCAGAUUUUGGGGCCCCCUCAAAAAAAAAGGGAGAAGGGGCCCCUAAUAGACACUCAUAUUGGUCCAUUUUGAGUUAACAACUAUAAAUCCCUUUGAACCUCCCAUAAAGCCACUAUACUGUUCACCACUGCUGCCUCAAAACCACUGCUUUAUGUGUUGACGAUCACUGGCCUUAUAAUAUGGGUUAUUUAUAAUGUGACACUAUUGAAGUUUUUUAGCCGUUAAUUUGGGUUUGAACUAGUCUAUAUUUAUCUAUAUUAAAAAAUGUUGAGCUCUGGACAGAAGAAAAAUAUUUUGAUUUUGGGCAUUUUUCAGGAGUGUCACAAUAUUUCUAACAUAAUGUUGAUGAACACUAGUUAGAAUGGCCCCCUGAGAAUUUUUGCCCCUGGUCCCCAGCAGACCCAGACUCGCCGAUGUAAACAGUGUUUGAUCCUAUAGAAUGAUAUGUCUCGAAGUGGUUGGAGCAAAGAAAUCCCUUUGAGCUUAAUGGAGGUACAGUAGUCACAUUAUCUCAGCCAGAGCUCACUCAGCUGAAAGCCAGUUGAAACAAACCAGCGUGUGAAUUAGGGUCGUCUUGCUGACAGCCUCUUACUGCUGCGUUGAACAAAAAGGAAAUGGUACAAUCAUGUGAUGGGAGGCUGGUGAUGUUUUGAUCCCUUGGCAACAUGGAGCUAUUAGAAGUAUAAGAGCAUUUAUUGAAAAGAGCUACCUGUAUAUAUCUACAGCAUGAGGUGCUUUAAUGUGCGAGACAGCGUGUACGUAUGCAUAUUUUUCCUGUGUGCAUAUAGUUGAUAUCCUUGUGUGUGCCGAUGAGGGUAUGGUGUGGGCCAGCAUACGCUUCAGUAACUGUGUUAAAGAAAGCAAGAGCUCCCUCUUCUUGUCUGCCAGAGACAGGGGCCAGCUGGACGAAAUCUGCCGGAGUCAGGUUUGCCAUUAGGAAGGCAGAAUCUGCUUCUUCUUUUUUUUUCUUUUUUUUUAUCAUUGUAAAUCUGAGGUGAUGAUUAGCUUAUAAUACCUAAUAUAGUAGCGUUUCAUUAAUUUGAUAGUCUGUUAUUACUCGUCUUUCCCCCUGUUACUUUAGGGGCACACAGUUAAAAGCAAUUCUCUAAAGGCUGCUUCAUAAUGAGCUCUUUUUUGUGAAAGCACUGCAGCAACAAUGCAGAUAACCUGCUUCUUUCUCGAGCUCGAUGACAAAAGAAGGCGCGUAUACGAAGCUGCGCUUGACGCCGACGCUUCGCAGAAUUGUUAACAGGAAGGUGACUAGACAAUCAUGAGCAGUCGCGGACAUAAAGUCACCUCAUGGCACGAUGCUCUCCUCCUCAAGUCGUGGACCACAGCAGCCUGCCUCCUCCACUCGCAUCCUUCCAGCGGCCCCGCCCCUUCGGCACCUCCCCGGCCAAUGAGAGACGACGCGCGGGUUUUUUUGGCUCCGUGAGACUCACUACGCCGCGGUUCAUUCAUCCUCUCCGGCACGCUGCCGCUAUACUUCCAUCCCCGACUCUCCUCGAUCACUUCGCCGGCCCCCGCCGACACCUCCGACACACACACGCGGUCCGUAACAGCAAGCAGCAGCCUGACACGAGAAUGGUCAUGAAUGUGAAGUUCCUUCAUACAGCAAAGACAGAUACAGCAGGGGGCUGGACUGGGAAGGUUUGUGGGCAGGAUGAAAAACGCAUGGAGGCAGAUGGAGGGACGGAGCCAGAUAUCAUGCUAAUAGAGGGGUCGACAGAGACACAGUGGCGUCAGGCAGAGCUCCCACAGCUCCAGGGCUGGGCAGAGAAGGGAUUGCUGACACAGCCAAAGAUGAUUAUCAGUAACAUGGAGGCUCCAGUGACAAAUGGCCCCAGUGGAGGAGGCACCACAGCCAACGGGCCGACCACCAACAGCCGUGGCUGCCCCUCGCCCAUGCAGACUGGCCCAACAAAUGACGACAGCAAGACCAACCUCAUUGUCAACUACCUGCCCCAGAACAUGACCCAGGAGGAGUUCCGCAGCCUGUUUGGCAGCAUCGGAGAGAUCGAGUCCUGCAAGCUGGUUCGCGAUAAGAUCACAGGACAGAGUCUGGGCUACGGCUUCGUCAACUACAUCGAUCCAAAGGACGCAGAGAAAGCCAUCAACACGUUAAAUGGACUCAGACUUCAGACCAAAACGAUCAAGGUGUCAUAUGCCCGACCCAGCUCAGCCUCCAUCCGUGAUGCCAACCUGUAUGUGAGUGGCCUGCCCAAGACUAUGACCCAGAAGGAGCUGGAGCAGCUCUUCUCCCAGUAUGGGCGCAUCAUCACCUCCCGCAUCCUCGUCGACCAGGUCACAGGCCCCGCAGGUGGCUCCCGAGGUGUGGGCUUCAUCCGCUUUGAUAAGAGGAUAGAGGCUGAGGAGGCCAUCAAGGGCCUGAACGGACAGAAGCCAUCGGGUGCCGCCGAGCCCAUCACGGUCAAGUUCGCCAACAACCCCAGCCAGAAGACCAGCCAAGCUCUCCUGUCACAACUCUACCAGUCCCCCAACCGUCGAUAUCCAGGCCCCCUCCACCACCAGGCCCAGAGGUUCAGGCUGGACAAUUUGCUUAAUAUGGCCUAUGGCGUAAAGAGGUUCUCCCCAAUCACCAUCGACAGCAUGACCAGCCUGGUCGGCAUGAACAUCCCCGGGCACACGGGCACUGGCUGGUGCAUCUUCGUGUACAACCUGUCCCCGGAUUCAGACGAGAGCGUGCUCUGGCAGCUGUUCGGGCCCUUCGGCGCGGUCAACAACGUCAAGGUGAUCCGUGACUUCAACACCAACAAGUGCAAAGGCUUCGGCUUCGUCACCAUGACGAAUUACGACGAGGCAGCCAUGGCCAUCGCCAGUCUCAACGGCUACAGGUUGGGCGACCGCGUCUUGCAAGUCUCCUUCAAGACUAACAAGACACACAAGUCCUGAACUUUAACAUGUAGAAGCAGUUGCCCCGCGACUUUGUCUGCUCCAAAAUUGCCCCCGACCUCCCCCCCUCCCCUCCACCUCCACCCGUCCCUUAGCCCCUUCAGUCACUACCACUACCACCCUACUACAGCCAUCCAACACAGCAAACUCCAACCGGAACACAAAGCAACCGACAAACCAUCAAACAAAUUGAACUAGAAAUGGCUUAUAUUAUAACUUUGGACCUAUAAGCCAAUGUUGCCUAAGUAUUACAAAAAUGAAAUGAUGAAAAUGUUCAUGAGUUUUUGGAAGCUCUGUGAUAAUGCAGGCUUCUCUUUGUUGUAUAUUCUUUCUGUUUGUUGUGGUUGUUCAAAUGAUUUUUUCUCUUCUGUGUAAACAGUAGCAAAUCCCUGUAUCCCCUUAUUUCAGAGAAGAGAAUGUCCUUUUUAGAUUGAAACCUUUUCUCUGUCUUGAUUCAGGAUUUGUUUUUCUUUUGUAAAUCCGGAUCCACUGUCGUUAGUAUUAUAUACCUCCCUGUCGGUGAAAGGGAGGGGGCUCUUUUUUAAAUUGGUGAACCAUUCAUUCAUUUUUAGUGUGUAUUAAAAACUUCCCCUUAUCAAUUACAGACGGGAUUCCACGAUCCCAGUAACUCUGAUGUAGAAAAAAAAAGAAUUUCUAACAUUGUUUUUGUUUUGUAUCGCAAACAAAACAUAACGUCUUUCCUCACAGGGGUUCAGGGAGAUGGGGCGAGGGAGGGGAUGGGUUAGCUUUCCUGACGACACGUUCAGUAAUUUAAGAAAAAAAAAAAAAUAACACUGUUGCCAAAGAGAAGAUCUCUUUGCUUGGAAAAAAAUGCGUUUAGAAAAAGAUAAAAAUAAAGAGAAAGAAGAUCUAUUUUUAUAAAUGAUAAUUAAAAUAAUAAUUAUUGAAGAAUUUUUACAAGAAUCUGGAUUUGAAAAAAGAGAAAAAUAUUUUGACUGGCUAACUAGGGGGGGCCGGGGCGGGAGGGAGGGGGCACCACCUUGUCUUGUCGUUCUGCCGUGGUACUUUAUAGGAUCAAAGGUUGUUUGAUUUUUUGGGGACUCCAAGUUGGCAGUGAUUUUGUAGAUGGAAGGUUUUGUGAAAAAAGGGAUGCAAACUGAGGCAGGUGAUUUUGGUAAUUUUUCACAUAUGUACUAGUGCGUAAUUAUUCAACAGCGAUACCCAAAAGGGAAGGGAGUGGGGUCUUUCUAAGGCCUAACCAUCCUUAUAGUCCAGAGCCCAAAGCAAGAAGACCCUUUGUCCACUUGUUUUCCUGUUUUUGUCAUCAGUCAAUAUGGGAUAUCAGUAAAUAGAUAUAUACACAUCUAUCCAUUUAGAGAGCAUACUAUACAUUAUCUAUAUCAUUUUCUUCGCUCUGCGUUUGUGAACUUACAUUUGAAAAGAACUUCCUUUUAGCGAUCAACAGUAGGUGCUAUACUACAUUAUUCACAUAUCUUAAAUAUCCAAGUUUGUUGUUCUAUGUGUUGUUUAAAGAAAAAAAUACUUCGAUGUUGGCAUUGACUUGAGCUGCUGUUCUUUGUUUAAUAUUUGUUUAUUGUUGGCCCAAAAUAUCUGGUGAGACUAUUUCUUUGCCGAAUAACCAGAUAAAUGAAACUUGGGCCUUGUAAGAAUCACUGAACAAAACUUUCAUUUAGUAUUUUUAAUUUUCUUUUUUAAAUUUCUUUUUGGUUUGGCUUGCUGACUUUUAGGUUACUUGCUGAGCGUGAAACGUUUGUCAAAACUAAAUGAUGAUUAGCUAGUUCCGUUAGUCUAGAUAUUUGUUUCCUUAAAAAGGAUCUAUGACAACUGUGUCUUUAUUUGCUGUGUACAAAUAGAUGAUAUAUAUAUACAUAUAUAGUCUACAUUUGUUUUACAAUAUCUACUGUACUAUAUGAGUUGUCACUGUUCUUUUGUUUGAGCUUGUCCUUUUCAUAUGACAACUUAUUAUGAAGUGGUGGUUCAGUUACUUAGAAAAACUUGUGAGGAAACUGUUCAAUUGUUGUCAUGUUGCUUGUGGAGAAAAAAAAAGAUUUGGAUUAACUUUCAGUUAGCUACCGCGGCAAAAAGAAACCGAACAAAAAUCUUAGAAUAUAACUGUAUUUGUUUAGCAGUUGAUUUACUUAUCUAUUUUUUAAAACUAUUUAUUUUUUAUUUAUUUGUAUUUAUUAUAUAUUUAUUAAUUGAUUAAUUUAUCUGUGUAUUUAUGUAUUUAUUUGUUUCAUUGUCUGUGUAUUUGCGUGAUUCUGGUACAGGGAGGGGGCGUUUCUGAGCAAAAGGGAACAAAGCGACUAGUGGAGAGGCUCUGCCAGUAGUCCACUGCACUGAGAGAAACUUUUAGUACGUUUGUGCUUUGUACCAAUAUAUCAAAAUUACAAUAUAAAAAAAUCUAAAAGUCAAGAAAACUGAAAAAAAUGUCUGGAGGGUUGGGGGACGCUCUUCCCUUAUUACUAGAAACAGUUACUCGCUAUGCAUAACCUAGUUAAUAGUUAAAUUUGCUAUUGCUUUUUUCUUGUCUUGUUAAAAUGAAAUCUUUAGAUCUUUUUCAAUAAAGUUUAGUCUUAAUAGAAUGUUAUAAACAGUCGUUCUGGUUCAAUAUAACCUGUGAUAAGUUUGUGUAGUUCUAAAAAGCCACUCCGUCCACACCCUCCCUCCACUUACUACCGCUUUGUGAUGAAACCUUAUGCAAAAAUGUGGGUCUGAAAGCAUAGUUUUCAGUUUUCAGUAAAAACAUUUUAUAUAACAUUCAGCUCUUGGAGGCUUGGGCAGAUACAUUUUAAAAGGAGCAAAUGCCCAUUGUUGUUUGAGGGUCAUUCAUUGCACUGGACUAAAUCGGUCAAAAUCACUUAAGAGUCAAAACUUAUUUUUAAAAAAAAAAAAAUAUUCAUCAUGUUUUCAAAUGACAUACCAACAAAUCUUUAAAAAUGAGAAAUUGUUACCAUUGCACACCAACUGUUAUUUAAAGCAGUUGUUGCUAUACUUAAGAAGUACUCUGGAGGUAUGAAAAGGGAUUGUACCGAUUCUAUAUUUUAUAUACUCUAAUAUGAUAUAUAUUAUAUAUUUUGAAAGGUGAAAGGUAAGGGAAUGGUUCCAGAAGUAUAAAUAUACGGAAUUGGAUUUUUUCUUUUUUUUUGUUUGUUGUGAAGACUUGAAAACAUGAAGGAGGUGUGUGGAGAGCAUUUUAAACACUCAGACGCAUGCUCGCAUAAGUACAUCCUUCUCUCUCACACCUCAGUCAUCUGACGGGCCGGGUCAUCUUAUAUCAUCAUUACUAUCCAGUCAUCAUCUGCGCCAUCCAAUCACAUAGUUUUCUAACGUCAUAACGGCAACAAACCAACCAACUCAUCCACCCACCCGCCAACAAAAACCAGACCCCUUCAUGCUCCCCGCCGCCGUUGGGAGCUUGAAUUAUGCAACGACCCCAGUAGAAUGUUGUUCUGAUGUGUGAACUAAUUUCCUACACUGUAUGACUUUUGAACUCUUACGAUGCGUGCCUGUGUUCCGCCUAGACCCUGUGUGCACGUGUGGGAGUGUGCGUGCGCGCAUGUGUGCAUGUUCGUAUGCAUGUUCCUUUAUGUAAUUUGUGUGCGUGUUGUGCGUUUGUCCUCAUAUGUUUGUUAGCGUGGAGUGCAUCGAAACGUGCGUAUGUACAGUAUAAACAUAUGUUCAGUGUUUGUGAUUACGUGUGUGUGAUUGUAGCGCACACAUAUACAGACGUGUAUGUGUGUCUUCCCUUGAGUGCAUGUGCGCGCACCCGUGUGCCAGAGGUUGCCUGUGCGGUUUGUUUUGAAGUGAAAGUGUGUGUGUGUGUGUGUGUGAAAGUGUGUGUGCAUGUCAGGGUGUUUGAAACAUGGGGCUGCGUCACCUCGCUCUAUGCCCAACCCCUAUGGCUCACACCAUCCCCUGUAGCGCCUUAUAGUGGCAGCCUGCCAGUAGGAACAACGCAGCCAGUAGUGGAGGAGGGAAGGUGAACAGAGGAACUAGGCUCUUCUUGUCAGUUUUCAUUUUUCCUCCUGAGACGUGUUUGUUUACUAUCUGAAAAAUCUAUAAACGAAAUCUUUAAAGACAAAAAAGACGAAAAAAUGUUCACAGGGCCCCAUGGCCGCGGCUCUCUCUACUCUCUCCUGCUUAUGUUAUUACUUAACAAUUAUCAAUGAUGAUUAUUAUGAUUAUUAUUGCUAUUAUUCUUAGUAUUCUUAUUCUUAUUAUUAAUCCAAUUACUGCGAUGAAUGACUUCAUGUUAUCCUUGCUAGUUUAGGUCAUUUCUGAAACUGGAAACAAAAAUAAAAAUCUUGCUGUAAAUGUUUGUUUUUUCUUUUUCAUAAAACUGUUGUGUUUGAAUUAUUUGUACUUUUGAAUGUUGGGACAAUAAAAUGAGGUGUUAAGAGCUUG